AGCUCUGAGCAGAAGCCUCUCUCCUCCUUGAAUGGACUCCAUCUCUCUGAGCCAAACACUCUUUUGCUGCUGCUGCUGUGGGGGGACACAGUGAAGAUCACAGCUGAUUGCCGUGUUUCAUUUGUUUUUUAUUUUUUCUCCUCAUGCUGCUGCUGCUGCCAAGAAAAGUUGACUGCUGCAACUUUGCUCUGUCGCCAUGAGCUUUUGUCGGACUUAAGGAGUUUCCAGAUCAGCCGUGUGGUGUCGUAAACAGCUGAUGGGCAAGAGCCGAAGCAGAGACGACUUGAAAGAAAAGAAGCUGUGAGAGAAGUACUCCAUAGAGUCUCAGAUAUUUAGAGGGUGGUGGCUGAUUUGGGUUUGGGUCAGCCUGACACACAGACAGGGAAGCAGACAGGUUGACAGAUCAAAUUUAAAAAUAGCCUACCUUUGUCCUAGUGUAUUCCCCUGGACCACAAUGGGUUCAGACGUACGUGACCUGAACUCCCUGCUGCCCCCGCUCCCGGCGGGCCCCAGCCCUGGAUGUCCGGCCCUGCCCGUCAGCACGGCCCCUCAGUGGGCUCCCGUCCUGGACUUCCACACCGCCGCCUCCCCAUACUCCUCCCUGACAGCCCCCCACACCUCCCUGGGGCCCCACUCCUUCAUCAAGCAGGAGCCCAGCUGGGGGGCCACCAGCGACCCCCACCACCAUGACACAGACCCUCACUGCGGCCUCAGCGCCUUCACCGUCCACUUCUCUGGGCAGUUUACGGGUACCGGGGCCUGCAGGUACGGGGCAUUCGGGGCACCCCCACCUCCGCCAGCACCUCCGAGUCAACCGCCGUCUGUGACCGCCCCACACCACCACCAGCCCACCAGCAGGAUGUUCAGCAACCCAACGUACUUGACCAACUGCAUGGACACACAGCAGGCAGCCCGUAACCAGACAGGCUACAGCACGGUUGCAUUCGAUGGAGCCGGUAAUUAUGGUCACACUCCCACACACCACAGCUCCCAGUUCUCCAACCAUUCCUUCAAACAUGAAGACGCUUUAACUCAGCAAAGCACCAUGGCCGAGCAGCAGUAUCCUGUACCUCCUCCUGUCUAUGGAUGCCACACACCUUCAGACACCUGUACGGGCAGCCAGGCGCUGCUGCUGAGGAACCCUUACAACAGCCAUACAGCAGGCUACGACAGCGACCCCAGCACCCCCAUGUUGUACAGCUGCAGCACACAGUACCGCAUACACACACAUGGAGUCUUCAGGGGAAUACAGGAUGUGCGGCGGGUGCCCAGCAUUGCUCCAGCCAUAGUGCGGUCAGAGAGCAGUGAGAAGCGUCCGUUCAUGUGCGCCUACCCAGGAUGCAACAAACGUUACUUCAAGCUGUCUCAUCUGCAGAUGCACAGUCGCAAACACACAGGGGAGAAACCCUACCAGUGUGAGUUCACAGACUGUGGCCGCAGGUUUUCUCGCUCUGACCAGCUGAAAAGACACCAGAGGAGACACACAGGAGUUAAACCCUUCGAAUGCGAGACGUGUCAGAGAAAGUUCUCUCGGUCUGACCACCUUAAGACACACACCCGGACUCAUACAGGUAAAACAAGCGAGAAGCCGUUCAACUGCCGGUGGCCCAACUGUCAGAAGAAGUUCGCCCGGAGCGAUGAGUUGGUGCGACACCACAACAUGCACCAAAGGAACCUCACCAAGCUCCAGCUGGCCAUCUGAGUCUUCUCUCAGCCUGUAUCAUGGUUUAACAUGUAAACAUCUGGCUUACAUCUGCUUAUAUAUUCUGUCUCCGGUUAAUCCAGACCUGGUGACCCUCUUUGCAGCCAAGAAACUAGCCUGUGUGGGAACCAGGAGAGUCCUAAUGGGUUCCUUAAAAUGUUAAUAGUAGUUGUACAUCUGUUUGACUUUAAGAAGUAGACACCACAGUCUACCCUCUGAGCCAAAAGAGUCUUGACACAUUCAGAAUUGUGUUUCUAUUCCUUAAGUUGUCAGGUUUAAAAGGAUAAGACUGGUGAUAUUCUAAAUGUAUUCUAUUGCCAACAAAGCCCAUUAAAAGACCAAAACCAAGAAUAUGUUACGGCGUUUUCAAACCAACAUUAGAACUGCACGAAAACCACAGCCUCCUCAAUCAGCUGAAUGGAACCACUCUGUUGACACAUCAGAGGUUUGUCUGGCAAAAAAAAUUUGAACUCAAUGCAACUUCAGUUGGUGAGAUGCUGUUUUGGCCAAUCAUGUACUUGCAAGCACGCUGCAUUUCCACUAUUUACCUGCAAGUAAUAUAAAAUAAGUUGUAAAAUCCUUCUUUGUAUCAUUAUAAGCUGCUGUGCAGUGUUUUAGUGUCUGAUAAACACCAAGACAUAGGUUAGAGGGCUCCUGUUGCAGUGACCAGUACCGCCAUGCAGCUAUCAGGUAUUAAACAGCUGUGUUUCUUGCUAUGCAGCCACAUAUAAGCUGACUUUAUUAUUGGGAGGUGGAGGGGAUGGUGGCUGGAGAACCAACAAUCACAUCACCCGUUGCUCACUAGCAAGUCAUCACUGCUCUUCCAGCUACGUUUAUUAGCCCCAGACACGAGUGUUUAAGAUCAAAACAUGAUCUUCUCUUAACCAUAAACAAGUGGGGUUUUUUGUGCCUAAACAGAACCAAAACUUAACUACAACAUUUUUCCAGAUUAUGUGAACUGAUUUCUCAAAUUGAAAAAUUGAAAUAAAUUAUAUUAAAAGGAUAUAAAACAUUAAAGCCCAAGAGCUUAUUUCCAUUGUGAUCCUUAGGAACGUCAACGGCCAUUUAAUAAGGUCAUUGUGACAUUCUGACCAUACAAGUCGGUGCAGCAGGAGCCUUCUAACUUACAAGGCUGAUAACCACUGCUAACACCUAGUUACUAGAGUAGCGACAGAUCAGUGACUGACUUUCUGAAUGGUAUUUAUGAAGCCUGUAUCUGCAAAAGCAAAAAUAAAACCAAAAAAAAAUAAUUAAAAUAAAAUAACAUUCAAAAUGCAUGGCAUAUUCAGCUGCGUAUAUGCUGCAGUUUGACUUAAAUUAAAUUAUAAUGCUCAUGUUCAUUGGAAGGAAGGAUCAUGUCACCCAGUGCAACAGCGUUUCACAGGUCUAUGGCAUUGAUCCCGUCACAAUACUUGCUAGUAAGAUCAAUUCAUUGUUGGUUUUGGUCUUAUAAUUAAAAUACAGAAUAUCACCAGACUUAUCCUUCAAAGAAACCUCUCCUUAUUUUCAAUGAUCAUUUCAUACAGUCAGUCAGUAAAAUGGAAAGUAGCAUUUAAUUUGAGUUUCUGUUUACCAGUACAUUUUCCACAGGCAAGAAAUGCUGUGUAAUUUAGAUGUUAAUAUGAAAAUGUUCACACUACAGUACAUUUACUUUACAGAAGGUUCCCAUUGCUCAGCGUGAAUGCUGGUGUCUUUAACGAGCGUCGAGAAACCCUGGUCAAAAAAUGUUUCCAUAACAAUAAUGUAGUGUUUCAAUCAUCCCCAGUAACUGACUAUUUUCUUGCCACCCUGUGUACAGUGAGGUCGAAGGUUGCGGUCAGCUACAUAUAUGCCCUGACAGCUUAAAGCCUUUUCAGCUGUAAAUAUCUUUUAUGUUGAACUUCUUUGGGAGGUUUAUUUAUUAUCUCUUUGUGGUCAAACAUUGCUUUCACUGGAAUGCUUUAAAAGGAGUGAGGUGUCAUUUUGCUGUGCUCACGCACAUGCUGUCCUCUCUGCCGUCUCUUAUAGUUUUCACAGUUAUAAAAAAUAAUGCUGGGUUUGAUUUAAAGGAUCAAAUGAAGUGAUUAAUUUGCAUCUAACACCCUCUGAAGUGUUUGCAAUGUAAGCUUUAGGUGUUUUGUCUGGUUAGCAUAAUAUAUACAUUGCAAACACAUAUGCCUUUAUGGUUGUAUUUUAAAAGCUGAACUUUUUGUUUUUGAGUAAUGUGAGGGUUGGAUUUUUUUGUAAGUGCUCAGCGCUCUUAGAGCUAAAUUGUCUGAGUCUUUUGUCUUUGCGGUGUGUAAAUAUUGCUGGACUCUGGCAGUGUUUUAGACACUGCGAGCUCUAAAAUAUGUCUUUUGGGUCACACUGGCUCUGUGGCCGGGACAUUAUGGUCAAGAUGUAAAUAAUACUUCUUCACCAUGGGAACUGAACUCUUUCCAUGGGGGAAAAUAUGUAACUUAACUGAUAUAUUUUAGACUUGUCUUUGGAUGGAUCCAGGAAGUGUUUAUACUUCAAUUUUUCUUUCUUUCAUGUGUAUUAAUAUUUGUGUCAUAAAACAGCAAAUGUCAUUGAAACAUUUUGUACUGAGAUAAUUGAAAAUGAUGGUUUCUCUCUGUUUAAAUGUAUUGUGACUGUUUUGAUACAGUACCAGUU